AUGACUUACGACAAAAGGGUUUUGGCAGAUCAACAUGCACAAUUGCUUCUACAACUAAAUACGCAGCAGAUGGCGAUAUAUGGAAGUGUUGUUUCCCGUAUAGAAGCUAACAAACAUAUUCUUAUGUUCGUUUAUGGCCAUGGGGGUACCGGAAAGACAUUCCUUUGGACAACUAUUCUUUCUUUUUUUCGAUCGCUCGGAAAGGUUGUUCUUGCAGUCGCCGCUUUCGGAAUAGCAUCAUUGCUUUUGCCUUCUGGAACCACAGCGCGUUCGAGAUUUAAGAUACCAAUUGAUCUCGCCAGCAACAGAUCAUGCGAUAUAAAAAAAAGAACAUCACUAGCCGAUCUUAUGAAACAUACAUCACUCAUCAUAUGGGAUGAAGACCCUAUGAGUGAUAGACGAUGCUUUGAAUAUCUUGAUAGGUCUUUACGGGAUGUACUUGACUGUGAUGAGAAGCCAUUCAAUGGUAUUUCAGUCCUUCUUGGUGGUGACUUUCGACAAACACUACCUGUUUUGCCAAAAGGCACACGAUCACAAAUCAUAGAUCUUACACUGCCAAACUCAUAUCUAUGGAAGUUUUUCGACAUUCAGAUGUUGACUCAAAACAUGAGGCUCGGUUCCAAUGAGGAUAAGAAUCCGCAGACAAUGUCAACAGCCUUCUUUGCCGAAUAG